AUGGACAAGGGCAAGAAACAAGUCAAAGCUGUAGAAGGAGGAAAAACUUCAGAGAGAAAACCAAGAUCUGUCUCCAAAAAGGACGAUAAGAAGAAGGCAGGUUCUAAGAGCAAGAGCAACACCAGAGCAUCUAAGUCACCAAUGGGCAAGAAGUCAGAUGCCAAGGCUAAGGGAAAGAAGUCAGCCUCAACUGAUGUUAAGAAGAAGGAGCAAACUGCCAGCGAGGUCAAGGAUAAGAAGAAGGGAAAAGGCAAGAAGGACGAAGCAUCCGAGCCUGAGGAGGAGAAACUCAAGCCCACAAGAGCUAUUUCUUCAUACAUCUAUUUCUCUAAUGAGAUGGUACCCAAGAUCAAGAAGGAUGAUGGUUUGAGCCACAAGGAAGCUAUGUCAAAGGCUGGUGAACUUUGGGGCAAAUUGUCAGCUGAUGACAAGAAGCCAUUCGACAAGCUGCACGAUGAUGAUGUGAAGAGGUAAAUUUUGAGUUUGACUUAUUUGAUAUUAAGGUAUGAGAAGCAACUCAAGGAACUCCAAACCAAAGGCUACUUUAUCAUGGCCGAUGGAACCAAGAGUAGUGACCAUGCUGUCGUUGGCAAGAAGAAGAGAGGACAGAGAUCUGAGAAGAAGGAAGCCAAGAAGAGAUCAUCAGCUGUCAACAAGAGUAUGAGAUCUGAGAAGUCUGGUGAAAAGGGAAAGAAGGGAGCUGCUAAGGGAAAGUCCAAGAAGUCAGAUGACGACCUUGACAUUGAGUCUGAUUCAGAGAGUGAAAACGCCUCUCAGCCACAAGAAUCUGAUUGA